CCCUUCUUGCCUUCAACCAUCAACAAGUGCCCAUCACAAUGUCGUUGCAUCCAUUCACGCCUCCGAGUAGAUCUUCGCGGUGGCUUUCGUCACGUGGAAGCAUUCUCUACACCUCUGAAAGUGGACUGGACCUCAGGCUAUCACGCGACAUACAUCCACUCCAUGGAGGACGCGUCGACUGCCAAAGGCCAACGGCUUCGUCUAACCUGCACGGAAUGCUACCGGCGUAAGAUCAAAUGCGACAAGACCAUACCAUGUAAUACAUGUACCAAAAGAGGCUACGCAAAUCGUUGCACGCGUGAAGAAGACGAGGCAGUCUCAAGAUCCAUCAUGCAUGCUUCUGAGAACUCCACAACAUCACAUAAUCUGAUUCGAACGUUACUGCACCGCGUGAAUCAACUAGAAGCCCAGUUGUUGAGUAACGCCGAACACGUUGGGCCUGAUGAAUCAGUUCGAUCACCCCCGGUUUUGUCGUGUCCUCCUCGAUCGCAGGGUCAUGACAAUCGAGCUGCUACACCAAUGUUGGCUCAACCGGACCCAUGUGAACCCAUGAACAGCCCCAUUCACGAGCAUCCGGCGUCCGCUGUGCUCGAGGAUGAUGAUGCCGCGACAGUACUCGAGUUCCUUGCUUGGGGCCGCAACAAAGAUGCCGAGUAUGGGAGCACAGCAAACCAGGUGAGCCGGAAAAUCUUGAUACAGGGAGACGUUUCUCUGCCAUCGAAUGCUCUGCUCGAUGGCAGUAAGCAGGCGACCUUCGACCUUCUCGAAAUCCUGCUUCCAGAUCAAACACAAAUUCGUCAGCUUGUCGAGUAUCACAGCACUCAUCUUUUAUGGUAUCACGGCUCGUAUUCAGCUUGGAUCUUCAAUAAUGACGUGGAGAAGUUCCUGGACAGCUACUCUGGAGAUAUCCGAAACCCCGACCUAGAUAUGCAAUGGUUGGCACUUCUUUUUGCAAUCCUGACGGGCAGUUUAGCCUGUGCACCCUCCAAAGUUCGCCAUGCAUGGGGUUUCGGAGACACUGAAAGCUCUAAGUUGGCUCUGCAGUGGUACGAAGCGUGCGUCUCGUGUCUCAACACCGGUCUUUAUAUCGAAAGGCAUACUAUAAAUUCGGUCGAAGCCAUUUCCACUUUGACAAUCGCUGCACAUAUAUUGGGCAAGUCAAACAGCCAGUCGAUCCUCUUAUCUUCGGCAGGACGCAUAGCGCAAAGUCUUGGUCUGCAUCGCCUAAGCGGAGAGACAAAUAUUCCCGCGGAGCAACUGCGGCGAAGGGAAGCUGGUCGACAUGUAUUUGACCAGCUUUGCACGCAGGACUGGUUCCAGAUACCGUUCUCUGAGUCCUAUUCCCUGAAUCCACGCUUCAUCAAGACCGACAAGCCUACUAAUUGCAAUGAUCACGGUCUUCAGCGCCUGCCCGAAGCUGUUCCAACGCAAACGAGCUACUGUAACUAUCGGUAUAAGGUCGCGGCUCUCAUGCCGCGGUUGCUCGAUGCAACCUCGGAGUGUAACACGUUGUUUACAAAAUACGAGCAAGUACUGAAGUACGAUGAGAAGAUGCGAAAGCUUGCGACUGCAUCUAUGCCAACAUUUUUGUCGACCAGUGCAACGAUCAACGCUGACUGGCCAGUGUGGAUUGGUUGGGCUCGACGAUCGUUGGCUAUUUGCGCGGCGCACAAGAUCAUCAUGAUUCAUCGCAGGUUCCUUGGUCUGUCGUUUACGAACACGGCGUUCUCCUUCACACGUCGAACAUGCGUGGCUGCUGCGAAGACAAUUCUGAAAGAGGCUUUGUCAGCGAACGACCAGAAUGGGCCGAUCCUUUGGAUCGAGCAAGCGUUCUCUGUUGCGGCCGGAAUCGUGCUAUGCCUUGAUAUUGCCCAUCGCGAACCCGAUUUGGACGAUCUCGAUCGCCACGAAACCCUGAUAGAAAGAACGAUUGGCUAUCUGAGAAGCUUUAAGGCCAGUAAGAUCGCUUCUCGUGGUGCACAACUUCUCUCAACCCUGCAGAAAGAACUCCAACAAGGUUCUUUUGGUGGUCUGGGGAAGAGACGCCACGAUGAUGCAAGGACCAAUCUCGUCCGGCCUACAAAGCAGGCACGCACGUUGCAUGACACGUCGAGAACUUCCAGGGUAGCUGUUUCACAGCCGGCAGUCACUCUCAUAGCCCACACUGUGGAUUCCCUCGAUAUGACCCAAGAGAGUAGCGCUUGGGACGAGAACCCUUGCCUAUAUCCAAUCGACAUCACACUCGGGACUCAAGGUCUGUUCGACGAUCUCCUAUCCUUCCAGUUCUAAGAUACAAUCCGGUUCUCACCAUGAGAUGCAGCUGGG